AUUCUUCUCGCAUAAAAUUUUACUUUAUUGAGACAAUCGGGCGCUUGUAAAAAACGUUUACUAUAUUGUAGAGAAAUUCAUCCUAAAAUAUCAAACAAAGAACGCAGUGUACAGUGGAAUGAUGUGGAACAUUUAUAUAAUAUUUGAAAGUUGUGUAUUUGCUCUAUUUGUUUUUAAAGUUGAAGUUGGCGCAGUGAUAUGUGUCUAUAAAACCCAUGAGAUGAAUUACACAUCAACUACUGAGUGCAGUUAUGGCUGUCUGGCUGCCUGGUUCAAUCGAAGUGGGGCUCCACAUGUUCAACAACAAGGAUGUUGGGAUACCAUUGCCCAUACCCACCAUUCCAGAAAUUAUAAAUGUGAAGGUAUAUCUCAGGUAAAAGGGAAAAAACCGCCAUAUCCUGUUGUUUGUUUCUGUCGAAAAAGUUAUUGCAACAGAAAUGUCACAUGGGUGGGAACUGACGAAGACCCAAAUGCAGUUUAUCCAAAAGUUCCCAGUGACAUGCCACAACCCAAACAAAACAAUGAUCACAUCAUAUUUGUUGUUGUGGCUAUAGUUGGCACCGUAAUGGUGUUGAUUGUCCUUUUUUUGGUGUACAUGAAAAAACGUGCUCAUUUCAAACCAGAGCUAGAAAAUGUCAGCAAAGCCAGUGAGGUGGAGACAUUGAUUCCUUCAGAGUUAUUGCCUCCAAUAGAUUUAAAAGAUGUUUUAUCUCAGGGACAGUUCUGUAUUGUAAGGAAAGGUAGAAUGGGACACAAAGAUGUUGCUGUGAAGAUUUUCCCUAUUUCUCAGUGCUCAAAGCCAACUCCAUCAGCAUUGACAGAAGAAGAUAUUUACAUAGUAUGCAAGCUAAGUCAUGAAAAUAUACUCAAGUUUAUUGGCAAACAUAUUCAUGAAGAAGGUAGCCAACAACAACUUUGGCUGGUCACAGAGUACAUUGAACAAGGCUCGUUAUCAGAUUUUUUGAAACGAAACACAAUCAGCUGGGAAAACCUCUUUCAUAUGGCACAAGGCAUGGCCCUAGGUAUGGCAUAUCUUCAUGCUGAAAUACCUAGAGUCAAACCUUCCAUUGCACAUCGUGACAUCAAGAGUAAGAAUAUUCUUGUUAAGAAUAACCUAACAUGCUGUAUAUCAGAUUUUGGUCUCUCAUUGAAGUUUAAUGAUGACACAUGUGGUGACACCCAUGGGCAGGUUGGUACACGACGUUAUAUGGCACCUGAGGUGUUAGAAGGCGCAAUCAAUUUCUCAAGGGAGGCAUUUCUUCGUAUUGAUAUGUAUGCAUUUGCUUUGUGUCUUUGGGAGUUGCUCACCAGGUGCACCGCUGUGCAGGAAGAACCUGUUGGCGAUUACAAAAUGCCUUUCGAAGAAGAAGUUGGAAUCCAUCCCAGCUUAGAGGAGUUGCAAGACUAUGUCGUGAAUAAAAAGACACGUCCAACAUUUCCAGCAGAAUGGAAAAACAAGGAUCAGGCGAUUGAUGGAGUGAUUGUGACGAUUGAGGAAUGUUGGGAUCAUGAUGCUGACGCACGUCUUACAGCUGACUGUGUUGCUGAAAGAGUAAAACAACUCUGUGUGACUGGCAAACGACAGACAAACUCACCUUUGGCUGUUUCUUUUAAAUCUAUCGAGCAGGAGAAUGUUCUUUUGGCAUAGAGAGCUCAUGAUAUAUUCUCCAACUGUGAAGUUUAUCUUUCCUUUCCUUUGAACUGCAUUGUAUGAAGAUGAGGUCCCUAUAAUACCGUGUCAGGAAAUAAAGCCAACUUAAAAGUUUGUCUAGUCAAUCUGCAGUGUUUGGUGUUGUGUGUACUGAAAGUGCACGUUUACAUUAUUUUUACAAUUGUUGUAAAGCAUUCAACUGCGCAAAUGUGCACAAAGUUUUAUUCUAUUGAGAACUAUGAUUUUAGGACACGUUCACACGCGGAUCUGGCGAAUUUUGGCACCGUCCUCGAAGUCGUCCAAGGUCUUGUGCUCACACGAGGAAACCAGGAGUUUACACACACAGUAGUGACAGUACCCAGUUUGUCCGAUCCCGUGUGAACGUAGCCUAAGAUCUUUCCAAAAAUAUAAAUGUGAAUAUAUACAUGUAUUUCAUUUUGCAUUUCAGUUAAAUUAAAAGCAAGAACAAUAACUGAACUUAAGAAACUGUUCUUAGAACGUUUAGUUAAUAUUAUAAUACAAUAUUUGGGUUGGAUUUUAUACAUAAAAACAGAACUUUGUUAAAUCUCGUAAGUUCGUUUGUAAAUAAAAUAUAUAUAAAUAUAUG